CUUUCUCAUAUGUCUCUUGCCUUUUAAUGCCGUAAACCUAACCAAGACAAGUUGACAACACAAGAAACCAAUUGAAUUCGGCUGCCCUAAUAUCUCAUCGAUCUCCUUUGACAUCUCAAGAGAAAGAGGGGGGGACGAGACGAACAAGAGAGAGAGAGAAACCACUGGCUCGGCUCUAAGCUAGCUAGCUAGCUACUGCGAUAGCAACUCGCAAAAAAGCGGCACCACACAACACACACAUACACACCAGAAAAACACAAAGCACAAGCAAAAUAAGCAUCAUCCCCCGGCCACCAAGAAUAACCUUCACUGCCUUUCUUCAUCCGGCCGAUCCCUUACGCUAACCGCCAGCUGCUAGCAAGCUAGGGAGAGGGCGCGCGCGCGGCAUCGAUCUAUGGAGGCGCGGGCAGCGUCGGCGCCGGACCUUUCGCUGCACAUCAGCCUGCCGAGCAGCACCACCGCGUCGUCGCCGUCGGCUCCCGCCCCGGGGCUGGGCGCCGCCGGAGGAGCAGGGCGUGGUGCGCAGCAGCCGGCCGCCGGAGGGGACCCGUGGCGGCGUCUGAACGGAUCCACGGCGUCGACCGAGCUGUCGCUCUCGCCGCCGCCGCGGCAGCAGGAGGCGGUGGCUGCUGGUGACGUCCUCCCGUGGCGGUUCCGGCCGCCGCCAGCGACGAAUAAUUACUCCUCCUCCACCACCGCGGAGGUAGCAACGUUCGUGCCGGUGACUGUGCCGAGGCUUUCGUUCGACGCCGCGGCGGAGGCGGAAGCGGCGCGGGCGAGGCCAAUCAACGGAGUGCCCGUCUACAGUAGCCCGCGGGCCGGCGCCGCCCAUCCUUUUUUAGGCGGCGGCGGCGGCGAGUACCGCCAGCAGGGCCACCACCACUCGAAGGCCGCCGGGCUAUACAACAAUCCCUACCACUCCUCGUCGUGGCCCUCGUCCAUGCUGCGCUCGACGACGACGACGACGUCCCCCGGCGCCGUGGCGCCCUCGGCGUCCGACCCCGCGGCGGCGUCGUCGUACCUCUCGCCGCCGUCCGCGUACCACCGGAUGCUGUCGAGCACCGGCCGGCUCCACCUCCAGGGCGUUCUCGCCGACACGCUCCGCGGCUACGGUGGCGGCGGGCACCACCAGCACCAGCACCUGGGCAGCCUGGCCGCGGCCCGCUACAUGCCGAGGCUCCCGGUUUCUCGGCGCGGCAUGCGUGCGCCGCGGAUGCGGUGGACGAGCAGCCUGCACGCGCGUUUCGUCCACGCCGUCGAGCUCCUCGGCGGCCACGAGCGGGCGACGCCCAAGUCGGUGCUGGAGCUGAUGGACGUCAAGGAUCUGACGCUAGCGCAUGUGAAGAGCCAUCUGCAGAUGUAUAGGACCGUGAAGAGCACUGACAAGCCUGCAACCUCAUCAGGUCCUGGGGACGGCGGUGGCGGCUCCGGCGACGAUGACCUCCCGUGUGCACAGCGGGCUCCGUCGUCGUCAGCAGGCCGGGAAGUCAGCCCGCAGGCGUUCACGGGACACCGGUCCGCCUCCUCGGAGGGCGCGGCAAGCCAUGCCGGCGGCGACGUCGAAUGCUCCUCAGCCGACGAUUCCGACGGCGGCAGGCCACGCAGUGCUUCGUCGUCAAGAGGUCAAUGGCUACCACGAAAUGCAUGCAAUGCAGACACCCGCCAUUUAGUUGGCGUAUCAUCCACUUUUGAGGAUAUGGAGGAGCCUUGUGGAUCAGUUGGCUUGCAACAGGCAUCCAGGAGCCAUGAAAUGAGCUGCCCUACUCCUAGCUUGGAGUUCACGCUAGGGCGACCAAACUGGAAUGGUGCAGAACAUGACUAGCAGCGCUAGCUAGACACAUGAAUGGCACAUUAUUAGUUCAACACUUCAACUAUACUGCUUACGAUACCUUGAUUGGUCUUUGCAUCAUCAAGAAUUUAGGAAUGUCAUGAAACAAAAUGUGGAAUAAUAUUAGUUUUGUGUUGGUCCUAAAAUCGCAUUGAUCAUAUAGUCUCCAUUUGGGUUUUGUUUUCUUAGUUUUUUUUUUAACAUUUUGUCUUUUGUUGUGGUCAUAUAAAACAAAGGUAUAUAUCAUUGUUUUCAGGAUGGUAAGCUAGAGAAGGGAGCCUAAAAAUUUAUGUAUAUCAUGAUGAGCUGGGGUGACUAACGAAUGUAUCAUUUGGCACAAGGAAAGGAAAAUGGAAAUCUCACCUGACGAGAUGAUUAUUUUUAUUGUUUUGUGAUGCA